GUUACGUAAAUGAUCUGUCCAGAACGUAGCCUAAAUCAAAACGUCCUGCAGUUUAAAUGUCCACUGUAAACAUGGGUCAAGUCAGGGGACCCAUCCAGCGAUCCUUUAUGAGCCUCUUACGUGCGUGUAGAUAUCAACAUACGUCUGCCGCGCCUGAAGUAACAAGUUCCGCCACCAGGAAUUCAAAACCUUUUCAAGAGAUUCCGGGUCCUGGUGGAAUUUACAGUCUCCCGUAUCUGGGAACAGCUCUUCAUUUUCACCCUUUUACUUCAGUCACAGUCCCGAAAAUGUACAAGUUAGUUCAAACUUUUGCUGAUAAAUAUGGUGACAUAAUGAAGUUCCGUGCUGGUAGCCAGUGGAUGGUUGUGGUAUCCAACCCGAAGUUUUCCCAGCAGGUGCUUGGUUACCCAGAAAAACAACCCUACCGACCCAUAAUCGAUAUACUAGACGUCUAUUACAAGAGAAAGAAUCUGUCACCUGGACUAGCAUCACUGCAAGGUGAACAAUGGGCAAAGCUGAGAAAACCUGCAAAUGACCAAAUGUUGCGUCCCACUGCCGUGACGUCAUAUUUACCAAUUCUGACACCAGUAGCAGACGACUUUAUCGCCAAAUACAGAGAUUCUCUUGAAAUAAAAGACUGUUUAAAAACUUUGAUUAACUUCACAACAGAAAGUGUAGGGAUGCUUUGCUUCAACAGACGUUUGGGAUGUUUAGAUGGAACAGCUAACCUGGAUUUCGUGGAGGACUUGGGAGUCUUUUUCCGCGGCAUUGAUGAAACAAGUAGACACGUAAAACCUUACAAAUACUUCAAAACUCCACUGUAUAAGAAAUUUGCAAAAGCAGCGGACAACAUGUAUAGGGUUGCGAGUAAUGAAAUGCACAAAGCAUUGGAUGAGAUGAUAAAACUAGAAAGUGAGGGGAAGUUGGACUCACUCUCAGACGAGCCUAAUCUCCUGUAUGCUCUUAUCUACAGUGCGAGAAUGACUCCAGAAAAAGCCCAGAGUUUGAUUCUUGACUUAUUUGUUGGUGGCAUUGACUCAACUUCCAAUGCUCUGACUUUCCUGUGGCAUGAACUGGCUUUACACCAAGAUAAGCAAGAACGACUUUUUCAAGAAAUUGACUCUGUGAUUGGAAAGGGUAACCUGAGCAAGGAGGCUUUGACAGAAAUGCCCUACCUGAAAGCUUGUGUCAAAGAAUCUCUAAGGAAGAAUUACCCCCUUAGCAUAGGGACUCUGAGGCGGGUAAAUGAAGAUAUUAUUAUUGGAGGUUACCAAGUUCCAAAAGGAACAGAUGUACUUAUUCCACUAAGAAACAUGAGCACAAGUUCGAAAUAUUACAAAGAUCCUGACAAAUUUAUUCCGGAGCGAUUUUUAAGGGGCGAUAAAUCCGUAGAUGAAGAAACUAGACACAACCAUCCAUUUGCUUAUCUCCCUUUUGGGUUUGGGCCACGAGGUUGUGUUGGACAAAGGUUUGCUGAAAGUGAGAUCUACAUCAUAACAACCAAGCUCAUCCAAGCCUUUCAAAUUUCGCUGACUUCGGAAAUGCCAGAAAAAUUGGAAUUUACCUACCGGAUAUUUGCUUGCCCGACAACCAGACUUCACCUUCAGUUGAGAGCACGAUCAUAGUGACCGUUUUAUAUCUACUCUGAAGUUUAUAGUAACUUAUCAACGAAAAUACUCCAAUUGAAAGUAAUUAGUGAUGACGUGUCAAGAUUUACUCUUAAUAAACAGAUAUUAGAACAAGAGUGACCUGUCAUUAAUUACUCUUAAGUAAACUUAAGUAUAGAGAAUGAUAGUAUCC